AUGUCUAAAGAAACAGAAUUCUACAACUAUAUCACUAGUCUCCCAGAGGAGACUCUCACUCAGGUCAAGGGUAAGCCAUUAGAAGUCUUAAAGCUCAUUGAUGAGUACCCUCAGAGUUUUAUGAACAUUGGCCCAUACAAGGGGAAACACAUUGUUGCCAAAAUCAAGGAGAAGGCCCCCAAAACCAUGAUUGAGUUGGGCGGGUACUUGGGCUAUUCUGCGGUAUUAUUUGCCAGCGAAAUAGCCGACGAUCCAGAGGCUAAAUAUUACAGUUUUGAGCUUAACCCAGAGUUUGCUAAAAUUGCCAACUAUGUAAUCGGCUUGGCAGGGUUGCUGGAUAAAGUCGAAAUCAUUGUCGGCAAGGCGUCAUACAAUUUGCCAGCAUUUAGAAAAAGAUUGUUUUCGGAAAAGAAACACUACACUGCGUUGGACUUUAUCUUUAUUGAUCACUGGAAGGAUAUGUACGUUCCAGAUUUACGGGUGUUGGAGUCGCUCAAUCUCAUUGCCCCAGGAACAUUGCUUGUGGCCGACAAUAUUAUUACGCCAGGUGCUCCACAAUACGUGGCAUACGUAAACUUUUCCCCAGAUGAGAAAAAGCUAUACAACGAAACCACCGCAAACCCCGAGGGUAAGGAGUUUAUAGGCAGAUGGAAUAUCUUGUAUUCGACAAAAACAAUCGAGGUCGUCAACCCCAAGAAUAAUCAUAAAGAUGCGAUUGAAGUGACUAAAUGUGUGGAUUAUUUCUCUGGAUAA